CUCUAUAAUCUUUCUAAUCAUUUUACUCGUCCGAAGCCGCCUGUAUGCGCAGGGCUUUCGAGCACGGUGCUCUUCUUGUGUUUCGGAGCAAGAUGGGUGUGGCCUAGGCUGACCCUCAGCUUAGGCUACCCUCCCUGCUACCCCUCUCCUGUUCUAACUGCCUCCUCCAAUGCUUCCAGUCCCCAUUCGUCUUCUCUUCGGGCCCUUUCCGUCAUCUGCUGUAGGUGCGCUCGGGGUAGAGCUACACUGGUGCUGGCUAGGAAUUGUAGCAAUGCUCUCGUAGCUUUGGGCUCUCCUAGGAGUCGUCCUUAUGAAUAUUCUUCUGCAGUAGUGGGCCUCAUGACUCCGUCUGUCUCUAGGUCUUUGUAGAGCCUGUUUCGUUGGUGUCGCUAUUUCCGACAUUCAAAGAGAAGAUGUUGUGUUGUCUCCCUUGGUAUACCACAUCCUUCACAGGUUGCAUCCUCCUGGACCCGGAUCCGAUGUAGGUAUGCUCCUAUAGCUGCAUGUCCUGACUUCAGUUUAAAAUAGCGGUUUGCUAGGUGCUUGGGAGUCAUUGC